GUCAGUCAACAUUUCCUCCCUCAGACUGAAUGAGCUCCUCAGUGUUAAACAGGACCCACAUUUCUUCAGUUUCACCUGCUGUCCUCUGCCUUGGAUCUUGAGGGAUACAUGCUGACAUUUCUCACUCAUAAAGACAUUCGGACAUCUGCUGUCAGCCAGGGGGGUGGGGGGGGAUCUUCUGUGAUAUCGACGGAGCCUGAAUCAGGAUGGAAUGUGUGAAGAAGUUGUUAGAAAAUGUAGUGUCGGUGAAAGUCAGGGAGUACGUGAAGGACUACUGCAAGAGGAAUGGUCUGCUGACACUCUCGGUCUUUGCGGUGGUGACCGGAUGUGUGCUUGGAUUUGUACUCCGGUCACUCAACCUCUCGACACAGGCAAAAAUCUACUUCUCCUUCCCUGGAGAACUGCUGAUGAGGAUGCUAAAGAUGUUGAUCCUGCCACUUAUCACCUCCAGUCUUAUGUCUGGCCUGUCAGCCAUGGACACAAAGGCGAGCGGUCGUCUGGGAGUCCUGACCAUCACUUAUUACCUGUGGACAACCUUCAUUGCUGUCAUCGUUGGUAUAGUGCUGGUAAUCAUCCUUCACCCAGGGACGGGCUCUGAGAAGGACGGUCACCAUACACAUUCAGGGCCUGUUAUGACCUCUGCUGAUGCUCUGCUGGACCUCAUCAGGAACAUGAUCCCAUCAAACCUAAUCGAAGCAACUUUUCAGCAGUACCGGACAGAUUUGGUACCUAUUGUGCAGAAUACAGAUGUAAAAGUGUCUCAGGCCAACUAUGUGUAUGUCAUGCCCGACUACCACAACCCUCGCCUGGGCCAUCCAGUCUUCCUGGAGAUCACCCCUGCACCCGAAAUCAAGUAUAAAAUUGUCCCCAGUACAAGCAAGGGCAUGAAUGUGCUGGGGAUUGUCAUCUUCUCAGCCACUAUGGGUCUGCUGCUGGGUAAGAUGGGAGAACGUGGAGCACCACUUGUCAACGUGUGCCAGUGCAUCAACGAGUGUGUCAUGAAGAUCAUUAAUGCUGCUAUGUGGUAUUUUCCAUUCGGCAUUGUGUUCCUGGUGGCAGGAAAGAUCCUGGACAUGCACGACCCGGCCCAUCUGGGGGAGAAGCUGGGCAUGUACUUCAUCACUGUCCUGUCUGGUCUUUUAGUGCAUGGCCUCAUCCUGCUGCCUCUCUUCUACUUUUUAUUUACCCGCAAAAAUCCAUUCGUCUUCAUUAGAGGGUUGCUGCAGGCUCUUGUCAUUGCACUGGCCACUUCCUCCAGCUCAGCCACACUGCCAAUCACUAUGAAGUGUCUCUUGGAAAACUGUGGAGUUGACCGGCAAAUUGCUCGCUUCGUCCUUCCAGUGGGAGCCACUAUUAACAUGGAUGGAACAGCUCUGUAUGAGGCAGUGGCAGCCAUCUUUAUAGCUCAAGUUAAUGAGUAUGACUUAGACUUUGGCCAGCUGGUCACUAUCAGUAUAACGGCAACAGCGGCCAGCAUCGGGGCAGCUGGGAUACCUCAAGCGGGUUUGGUUACAAUGGUGAUUGUCCUGACUUCUGUGGGUUUACCACCUGCUGACAUCUCCUUGAUUGUGGCCAUUGACUGGGUGCUGGAUCGGUUCAGGACAAUGAUCAAUGUUCUGGGUGAUGCCUUAGCUGCUGGGAUUAUGGCUCAUAUAUGUAAGAAGGACUUUGAAAAAUCAGCAACUUCCACUUCUGUUGCUGUGUCUGCUGCUGCCGAUAAAGGCAGGAGAGACACAGUAAUCUCCUUUGGCAAUCAGAGCGUAGCACUGUCUGAUGCUCCGCUGAUCACACAUCGCUGUGAUUAUGUGUUUGAGGUUGAUGGAGACAGCGUGCUGGAGAAACCGGUGCCCUGCUACAAUCUCUGCCAAGUCUGAAACACUUUUACAGGAUGGACAGGAUGGACAGUUUUACAGGAUGCCUUCUACAGUGUGUAGACUCACCUACAAAGGCAUUACCUGAGGCUCUAAAAGUUCAGUCAAAGCCUGUGCCAUGCAGAAACCUCCAUUACUUGAUACACUACACUACACGUCUCUAUUCAGUUUUGCAUGUAGAAAGAUGUGAUGAAAUGCAUUUUAUUAAAUAUGCUUAAUGUCUGAAUGCACAUACAGACAUCAAUAUGUGUUGCAAUGUCACGUAUUAGAUGGAGAUUAGAGUUAUACAUCCACAGUAGACCUGUCCUAAUGAAGUAUGACUGCAGUCUGAUUUCAGUCUAGGUUUUAAAAUGCCUUAACAUUGCCUCAAUUUUGACAAUACAGACUUGAAAGUUAUAUACUAAUAAACAAAGAGCAACAGAACAGUAGCUUCAUCUCUGUUAGACAAGGUGUUUGUGGAUAAAUAUUAAAGCAACAUCAACACAUAUACUGACAUAACCAUAGAACACAGAAAUUAUAACAUAAUUUGUGUUUUUAUACUACUGCUUUUAAUUUUGUUAAUUUCUAAUAAAA